CAGACGGCGCUGUCAAAUUUCAAAAACAAAAGAUAAUUCGAGCGAAACAGACGCACGUAACGAGUGUUAAAUGUGAAAAAUGAGUGAAAAUCCCGGAAAUCCCAAGAAAAUUGUGGCCAGAAGGUCUUCAAUUUUAAAGAAACCACCAAAUGAUGCGGACUCCUCGGAUUGCACGGAUACGACGACAAAGAAGCUCGUCCGGAGGAUUAGUUUUUGCGGCAAGAAGUCCGUUAAGGAAUUUAUGCAAGGAGAGGACAAGCAAACAGUUUGGGGGACUUCUUAUGAAGAAUCUGACCCUAAAGUUGUCAAUGUAUCCGAUAUUGCUGCUACAGCAGCCCCCAAGGGGAACUACGAUGUCACUGAUAUGGACAUUGAGGAUGAACCAUUGGGUACAGCAGGAGAUAGGAAUAAGGAGAAUGAGACCCCCGAAAGGACGAUGUGGUCUUCAAUUAAUAUGGCAUCGAAACCAUUAGCCAGCUCAACAAUGCUGGACAUGCAAAUUGAUGCAUCGCCAGGGAAUAAAGUUUGCUUUCAAACUGCCGCCGUUAAGAAAAUCCCCCCAGAAAAUUCGGAGGAUUUUUCUUUCAUGAUGAAAACCCCCGAAAAGGUUGAUCGCGAAGCAAAUGAUCCCUUUUCGUGGUUGGUCGACCCGAAAAUUGUGGGAAACAUUGCAAUUGAUAUGGAGGAAAGUGCUAAAAGCAUUUGCCGGGACAAUGACGCAACGGAACAGAGUACCAUCUUUAUUGCCAGCCCACCGUCUGCAUCGGAAAUGAAUACCGAAUCACUGUGCAAUUUUGAAAUAUCGACCCUUCACAUUGAUGAGCAGAAGAAGCAAAAGAGAAAAUCUCAUCAGCAGGAAAUGAAGAGAAUUAGUACGGGCAAAGAGAUUGAUAAGCUUGUGGCUGGGGAUGGGAUGGAUUUAACGGCUGUUGGUGGACAGGUGGAACAAACUCACCACAUGGAGAUGACUUUUAUGGGGCAGAAGGAAGCAAUGGAGGGUGAAAAAAUGAGAAAAACUCUCUAUUUCCCCACAAAUGAGGAUCAAAUGAAUCUCACACGUGCAGCUUCCAAAGAAAUUCCCACUGAGAAGAGCAGGAAGCACCAAGAUCUCCCACCAGAAGACGAUCAAAUGGAUCUCACGGAAAGUGCAAAGAAUAAUUCAGCCAGGAAGAAAAUUUCCUUUACUGCAGAAGAAAAUCCCAUGGAAAUGACAAAGAUUGGGCAGGAAAACACUGAGGGAAAAAUACUCGACAGACGUACCAUUUACUUCAAAACUCAAGAAGAUGGGAUGAACAUCACAUGCGUGGGUGAAAAGGCGGCUACGGAGGAAGAGGGCAGCAGUCCUGGAGGCAAUGAAAUGAAUCUCACUGGCAUUUCGAAAAUUCCCCAUGAAAUGGAUGUUACGCUCAAGGAGGAAGAAGGUGAAGAUCCCAAAGAGUCUCGUCGCAGUAAUGCCCGGAAGACAAUUUACUACCCAUCUAACAAUCAAAUAGAUGUCACUGUGAAUGUGCCAAAGGGCAAAAAGUCCCUGGCAUGCAUGGAUAUGACUCUACAACACAUUGAGCAGAGAAAGGAUCCGAAGGAAGGGAGAAAAACAAUUUAUUUCGCCACAGAGGAUGACAAUGAAAUGAACAUCACUGGUAGUCUGGAUGGGAAAUCUCAGAGGGAUGUUCCAAAGCCAAUGGAAGCAAGUAUGGUCCUCACUUCCCAGGAAGUAAAUGAGAGGAGAAAGAAAUCCCUCGUGAUGCAGGAAAUGGAAAUGACUCUGGAUGAAGGUGGAAAGGGGAAGCAUUUUGGAAGGAGAACAAUCCAUUUCACUAAGGAUGAUGGCAAUGAAAUGGAUCUGAUUGAGCCUCUGUCGAGGGAGGAAGAUGAAGAAAUUCCUGCAGAAGCUUCAAAAGGAACGCCAAAUAUGGACAUGACUCUUCUUCCGGGAAAAAUGAGGGUGUCUGGCGUACAAAGCAGGAGAACUGUUUAUUUCCCCGAGGAAGAUCAAAUGAAUCUUACAGCUUCUGCUGAUCAACAGGUAGUCAUGAGGGGAGGAGCACUACAGUCAAACAUGGAGAUGACUUUUGAACCAGAAGAACGUGUUGGAGGGAGAAUCCGAAAGACAGAAUACUUUAAGGAUGCACCAUUGGAUUUAACAGCCAAAUCUCCAGCUGUGCGUGGUGAGAAAUCCCUCACGCCAAACAUGGAGAUGACAUUCCUUCCGGAAACGUGUGCAGGAGAUGGGAAAAAGGAAAGGAAGACAAUCUAUUUCUCCGGUGAAGAUAAUCAAAUUAAUCAAACAGUAUCUCAGGAUGCCUUCCUGAAAACAAUCAAAGAACCAGCAGAGAAUGUCGCUGAUAAGGAAAAUAUCCCAGAAAUGAAUCCACCAAACUCCAGAGGAUCAGUUAUGGAGGUUGAUACACUGACAAACUCUUGUGCAGAUUUCAAGCGACAAACUGUGUUCUUAUAUGAAGAUAUUGGAAUGGAGGAGCCUAAUGAGGAGCCUGAACCACAAGCUGUUGAUGCGCAAUCCAUUCCGGAAGCUGAUCAAUCUGAAAUGGACAUCAGCAUGGCUGAGGAGGAAAGUGGAGAAACAAAGGAUGAAAUGAAGCGAAAGACAAUCUUCUUCAAAGACACCACCAAUACGCCUCUAGAUGAGACAGCUGAAGCAUUCAAAUUGUCUUCUGUGAGAGAAUCCAUACGGGAGCAAGUGAUGGAGAAAGAGGAAGAAUCACUGCGUCAGACAGAAACCUUUAGGGAUGAUGAUCCAAUGGAUAUCUCCAUGGGCCAGCAGGAAGAUGAAGAUUGUUUGGGUGCUGUUGGUGGAAUCUGCGAAUCUGUGUACGAAAAAGAGAAUUCCGUGGAAUUGAUCAGGAAAAUUCCCAUGACAUCCUUCCACGAUACUUCCGUUAGGUUUCAAAUUAAUCAAUCAGAAGAGAACACAAUGAAACUCAUUAGGCCAGGAGAACAGACUCAACAACAAAUCUCCAGUCUCUCCCUCCGGAUGUCCCUAAAGGAGCCAAGUGUGAUGGAUAAAACACUCGCUGAUGUGAUGGAAAUGAAGAUGAUUUCAGAUGAAUCCUACAUUGAGGUGGGAAAUUCAGCGAAUGAUUCAGAUAUUCUCCCAACGAGCUCAGGAUCAAACAGUCGAGAGAACAGCAAAUCAAUGAAAAUUAAUCUGGACAAUACAUUUGUUCGUCUUGGGGAUUUUGAUUUGGAAGCAUUGGAUGCGAAGAAAGCUCCAGCAGCUGUUACACGAAAUAUUCGCAGGGAAACUUUCACGAUAAGCCAGCAAAAGCCACCUGAGAAGAGAAGCCAAAUUCCCAUUGUAGUACCCAAACAGAGAGAACCAAAGAAAUCACUGCUGGAGACAUCUGAGAGUUCAAAAUUCACUGAAAUACUUCCAGUCAUCUCAGCGGAGGAGCAAGAAGUCACCAUGCCUGGCAAUGAGACAAUAAAAUCCCUCCCAAGUGCCAACAAUUCAACAUUACCCGAAAUCCCGAAUUUCCCAAAAAAUCUGCCCGCAUUCAAGGAUACUGCGGGAAAACGCAAAAUCCAGGCAAAGGAUCCGAAGUUCUUGGAAAAUUUCCUCGGAAAGGAUCUCCUUGAUAAACUAUCAGAGACAAAGGAUGCCGAAAAGAAGCUAGAAAAUGCCAUAAAGGAUUUGGAGGAACUUGAGAAGAAGUGCAUGCCGACAAUUGAGAAAUUCCUCAAAUAUCCAAGCCGUUGUCAAUUUCCACGAUCACUCUCCUUCAUUAAGUUACUUCGCAACAUGGUUGAGAGCAUGCCAAGUAUUUGGUUCAUUGAAAAAUUUUUCUAUCGAGGACUUAUGCUGUUUAAACACAGGAAGAUUACAACAUUUGAAAUUUACAUUUACUUCGAUCCGAAGCAGCUCAUUGACAUGGAUUCAGUUGAUAGCCGAGGAAUACUCUACUUCAAACGCAUCAAGAUCAGGGAUUGUGAUUGGUAUACAUUGAAAGAUCCAGCAACAAAGUCCAAAUUGUGGAUUUAUUUGCACACAAAAUUCCGCAGGCAGGUCCUCAUGGAUCACUACCUCUUGGACAAGUACAACGAUUCCAAUUCCCUGCGGGAUUUCCUUGAGUACAUCAACAAAAUUUGCUGCGACAUUUUUGCAGCGAGACCACAUAUAAUGGAUAUUGUGCAAAUGAAGGAAAUUCCUUAAAUUAUUUAAUUUUUUUUGUGUGAAGAAUAAUUCGCUCCGGAAGUGUAAAUAUUUAAUGUAAAUUCUUUGUAUUUAUAUUUGAAUUCAAUGAGAUCACACUUAAUAUGUUCUCCAUGCCAAUCGUGCAAAUGAAAGAUAACUUGUAAAUAAUUAAUUAAUUCUCUCCGGUAGUACCUACUUAUAAUUAUAGAUUCAUUUUGUAAAUUCUUUGCAUUUCAAUCUGAAUUCAGUGAGAUUAAACUAAAAAGAUAUCGUGAAAAUAAAAGAAACUUUGUAAAUAAUUUGUUAAAAUAAUUAAUUCUCUCUUGAAGUAUAAUCUUAUUGUGUAAAUUCCUUGUAUUUACUUUGAAUUCAGUAAUAAUAUUGUAUUAAUAAAUCUUUUGGAAAUUAA